GACUUUUCUUUCUGAAAGGAAAAAGUGACAUUCCGCUUUCAGUUCAGAUUUUCAGCGUCGUACAUCGCAAAAAGAAAUAAAAAAGACAGAAAAAUUAUUUUUGUAUUUCGACUAUUGCACAAUUUAAACGUUAUUAUGAACCAAAUUUGCUAAACUGAGUACCGCCAACAUUGAAUGCAAAAGUAAUCGAAAAGGGAAAAAAUUGCACUCCAUUCAAAGUACAAAGAAAGAGUGUUUUGGAGACACCAGUUUUUGUUGUGAUUGGGAAAAGACCAUUCAAAAUGGAAAGCCAAGUGAACAAUAUCUGCUCGCUAAUCAAACAGUUGAAUGUGAAUGAUGAUUCAAUUGUCCAGAACCGAAAAAUCAAGGAUAUAUACAUGGCACAGGACUUCCAUAAUGUUACAGGUGAAGACCACAUGUUGAAGGAAACAUUCGCACUGUUCAACAAUUGUGCCCUCGAUGACCCGAAAUUCGGCGUAAAUUUGGCGUUGGUUUUCUCGUCCAGAUCAUUAGACACAUUUGCAGAAAAUGCUUCGGCAAUUCGAGCCGAAAUGUUGAAUACCCUCCAGAAGAACUAUACGAAUGCUGAUGUGCUGCGAAACGAACGAAUUAAACAAUUUUACAAUUCGUUGACAUUGCUGGGAGAGUACUACAAUCGGUGUCGAAUCAGCAGCGCCCCGGUGACUGUACUUGGAAGUGCCCUAUUCGAAUGGCUGAGGAGACAACUGGAGACAGUCACACAGAAAGCAUCAGCCGAUCCAUCAUUUACAAUUGACGAGGAGUUCGCUAAAUUGAUCCUAACGCAAAUCACAUUAAAUGGGCUUUUAGCGCAACCAACGCAUAAAACCGAAAUCGAUGCAUUACUGUUCCUCAUACGGAAGUGUUUGAUCGAGGUGUCACAGCUCACGUCCAACAUCAAAGCACUGUUUCUGAUGACACUGGACCUGUACUACAGCAAAUUUUCCAACAUCGGCAAGGAAUUGGAGAGUAUGUACGCAAAGUUCCUGAUCGACGAAAGUGCUGCGGCCGAAAGCGAAUCCGAUCGGAAUACACCGGUUUCAACGACGGAAGUGAAUAGCUUGAAUAAAUUGCGCACCGAAUUGAGUGGAUUGGGUCGGGGCCGAAACAAACAAGACUUUCGAAUCAACAGCGAAUACAUCGGAAAACCACUAAAAGCCAGCGAACGGUUGAUUUACGCUCAGCAACAGGCCCAGACGCUUAGAAACAAAGAUGAAACGGAAGAAAUUCUGCAAGAGAAAUUGUUCGAAAAGGAGAUGCAAGACAGGAACUAUGAAAACUUGAAAAUCGUAGAACAGCAAACGUCCAGUGAAUGUCCACCAAUAUCACCGAACAAGUCGAACGACGAUAAUCCACCGACGACAACAACCAAAUCGAAAUCGACCAAGGAGCGGAAAGAAGACCAGGCCUAUUUUUUAGUUAAGGCAUCGAGUGUCCGGCAACGGUUAAAAGCGCCCGAACCACAGCCAGUGGUCGGUCUGACCGAUUGGUAUGCCGAGGUGGAAAGCAGCGCGCAGAACGAAACCAGUCCUGGUUCGGUGAGCAGCGAGAGUACAAAGCGAAUCCAGAAUGGUUUCCAUUCGAAUGCAUCAAAUCCUACAAGCCCGAAUGAAAUUCGUCGCAACAAUCAGAUGAAUCACAGCUUUCGCAGCAUACGAAGCGAUUAUUCGACUCGUUCAAUGGAUCGGGUAGGCAAUCCACGGUACGACAAAUACGAGAACAAGCGGCAUUACAACAGGGGCUACUACAAUCACAACAACAGCGGCAAUUACAACAACAACAAUUUCCAGAAUAACCGAAAUAAUUAUCAGCAUGGACGCGAUCACGGUCCGAAUCACGGUCAAUAUCACGAUCAACAACAAAAUCAAAACAGAUAUCCGAAUCGACGUCAGAACAGUGAUAAAGGACAGAACUAUUCGAAUAAGAAAAAUGAUAAUCGUGGUGGUAACAGAGUUGGUGGUGGCGGAGGUGGAGUUGGCACCGGUUCAGGUUACAACUCCAACAAUUACCAACACAAUCGAUCGUAUCCGUCAAAAUCGUAUGGGAAUAGAAACCGGCGACAAAGCUACCAGCAUGAUGAUCGAUCGAUUACGCCGAAACCGUUCGAUGGCGAGAAUUGGGACGAUAAAUGAGAAAUUAGUACAAAAAUGACCUAUUGACCUAUUAUUAUACAUACAGAUGAUUGCAAGAAGUGUUGUUACGGUAAAUAUACGAAAUCGUUUUCUGUUUAUGUUAAAUCGUAACGCCGGGCAUAUAUUUUUUAUACAAACUCCACAGUAAAAUUGAAUACAAAAAAAAAAACAAACAGACCAGAGACCCGCGUUAAAAAUGUUAUCCAAUGAAUCAGUUUAAAAAAAAAAAAGUUAAUUUGAUUGAACCCAGUUAUAGGCACUGUGUACAUAUAGUUUCAUUUUAAUAAUUUUAAAAAUUGAAAGUGAAAAUGAGAACAGUUUUCUGUUUUGCAUGGUUUUUUGAGCGUAGCCUCGAGCAUUUAAUUUACUUAAAUUACAGUUAUUAGUAUACACAACGCUUAAUUAUAAACGUCAAAUGAAAGGAUUCAAAUAAAAGGAAAA